AGAAGCAGCAGCAGAGGGAGGAUGGCCUGUGCGUUCAGCUGAUCGUAGGGGUACGAGGUCGAGCCAUGGAGAAGCUUAAAGUACCCACCGUGGGAUGCAGCACAGCCACCUGUGGAUGGAGAGCCCUGCUACUCCCGCAGCUGAACAGGCAGUCCCUGUACGUGUACGGCAGCGAGAUGGCCGUGGAGCAGGAGUGCAUACGGCAGCUGCAGAGCGGAGUCUUUGUCAUCCACCCGUUCAGCCUCAUGAGGAGUUACUACAUCAUGUGCAUGAUGGCCAUCACAUUUCUGAACCUGAUUGGGAUUCCCAUGGAGAUAGCGUUUCUGGACGGAAACAGCGGACUGGCAUGGGAAGGAUUUAACGUGUUUUCAGACACACUGUUCCUGAUAGAUGUGGCUUUGAACUUCCGAAUGGGUAUCAUAACAGAGGACAGUGAGGAAGCUAUUCUGGAUAUCAAGCGGAUCCGAGUUAGUUACCUGAGGACAUGGUUCAUACCGGAUGUAAUAGCUGCCUUCCCAAUCGGCUACAUACUGUUGUUUGCGGACUUGCAGUACCACAACGAUGACAACCCCUCCAAGACCAACAAGAUGAUGCGGAUACUGAUGUUUGUGCGGAUCCUCAGCUUGAUCAGACUCGCUCGAGUGUCCAGACUGGUCAGAUUCUUCAACGAAGUGGAGAAAGUUUCAAAUGCAAAUUUGGAGGUGGUCCGCUUGUUCUUCCGCGUCUUGUCUCUGUUCAUGAUGAUUUUCCUGCUGUGUCACUGGAACGGCUGCAUCCAGUACUUUGUCCCCAUGCUGGAGGAGUUUCCCACUGACUGCUGGGUCCGAAAAGAAAACCUGAUGAAUGCCACAGUGAUUGUGAAGUACUCGUGGGGAGUGUUCCGAGCUCUCUCCCAGAUGAUUGCCCUCUCUUACGGGUCCAUGGAUGCACCAACAAAUUAUGUUGAAAUGUGGAUCGUCAUGGUCAGCAUGGUGUCCGGGUGUCUGAUGUACACCGUCCUCGUGGCUAACGCGACAGCCAUGAUCGCCAACAUCGACCCAGCAGCGAAGGAGUACAAGAGCAAGAUGAGCCGUUUGGAACACUACAUGGCUUUCAUGAAGCUCCCACCAGAGCUGCAGCUCCGUAUCAAUAACUACUAUCAGGCCCGAUAUGGAGGGAAGUGGUUUCAUGAGAAGGAAGUCCUGGACACAGUGUCCUCAGCACUCAAAGAGCAAAUCCUGAUGGUGAUGUGCAGCCGACUGCUAAGAAACGUGCCACUGUUUCAGAGCAGAGACGAAAACUUUAUCAACGCUGUCCUCAUCAAACUGGACUACGAGGUUUUCCUGGAAGGUGACAUCAUUGUCCGUCAGAAUGUCCCAGGUGACCGCAUGUUCUUCAUAGACCACGGCCAAGUCCUCAUGGAGACUGAUUCCUAUGAAAGGGAACUGUGUGACGGAGACUUUUUUGGAGAGACGUGCAUCCUGACCAAAGGCAAACAUCUGGCCACUGUGAAGGCUCUGACCGACUGUCAGUGCUUCUCUCUGUCCUGGGAGGACUUUCAGAAGACGCUGGAGGGCUUCCCAGAUGUCAAGAAGGACUUAGAAAAAAUGAUUCAGCUCAACACUGAUGGUGGACUUGUAUAAGACCAAGAACAUUACUGGAACUUUUUACUGUACAGGAAGGACAGGAGAUUUGGAUUCAGAGAUGAAAUGGACCAUUUUAGAUUAUUAACUAUUUUCAUUCUGACUGGGAAUUAUUCUGUCUUUGGAUCCAUCGGUAAUUAGCAAUAAACAAAGACCUUAACAGUAAAGAUUGGUCAAAGAGGACCACUGCUGCCUUGUUUAUGCUAUGAUUUCAUUUUUGGAUAGUUGGUGCAUGUCUGAGUGACAAAAUGAGAAAGACACAGCAAACCUUUCAAGGGAAAUUGGUUUCAUAUAACCUCCAUCGAUUCAUCCAAUAUCUAUUACCACAUAUCGUGUGUCAUGGUCAAAGGUGGGCUGGAGCCUAUCCCCGCUGAGUUUGGGCAAGAGGUGGGGUACACCCUGGGCAAGUUGCCAGUUCAUCAUAUGAGGAGCCUAUCCCAGAUGACAAAUAGAGACCUAUUAAGCUAUGAAGUCAUAUCAAGCAAUUAACCUAACCCAGUGGAGUGUGGGAAGAAGCUGGAGUACCCAGAGGGAACCCACAAAGGCAUGAGGAGAACAUAGAAACUCCACACAGAAAGGCCCUGGCUGUGCCACACAGGUUCAUACAACCUUCCACAGCAUUGUACUUAUUGUAGGUGAAUUCAGGAACAGAUCGGAUCAGAAUUCAGAUCCAGGACCAUGGCAAAAUUGUUAAAACAAAAAUAAGACUGGCAUGAAACAUGGGCUAAAGAAAAAACAUUAACUAAACAUAUUUAAACAAAAAGCAGACAGUAGAAUUAUUGUCAUGUCUGACUUAUUGUCUUCUCAGAAUUUGUUGUAGCUGCAUGUGAGGCUGCUCCUUGAAGCUAAAGGCUGAUGGGAAUGUUGAGUUUUGUAGGUAUUUCCUCAUGAAUGAAAGAAUUGGAGAUUGUGAAAUUUUGAUCUUGUAAUGGCAAUACAUAAAAAGUCACCCAAUGUCAUUAAAAUUCAUUCUCUGGGAACCAUGAAUGUCUGUUCAAAUUGCAAAAAUGCAAUUCAUCCGGUAUUUGUUAAAAUGUUUUAAUCUGUACCACAGUGAGCAGUCAACUUUCUGACCAUCACUCAUUAUUAGCUCA